GCCAGGUAAAGAACGUGCAAUAUCUUUAAAGGUUGUACAGAUACUGGCGUGCUUAGAAACAGUCGAAGGGCUGUGAGCACUUCUUGAGAAAUUCAGUCGCAGACAUCUAAAAGGAUUAACGAUGGCUCAAAAUACCUUUCCAAAGUUUCCUCGCGGCAGACUCUCUCAGAGACUGCUCGACUGCCUUCAACAUAAUUCGUUAUUUUUGCAGGAAAAUUUGGAUGCGCUUUUGAUAGUCGACGUACUGUACGCCAAUAUGGUCUUAGAUGACAACGAAAGAGAAAAUAUCCUAGGACUGGAAAGUUAUCGAAACAUUCGUCAAGAACAAAUCCGCCGUUUAAUGAGCAAAGUCAAAAUGCGAACAGACAGAGGUUUUGAAGCAUUUGUACAAGCUUUACAUGACACUGGCCAUGAAGCUGCUUUCAGAAGAAUCCAAGACUGGCUGAGUAGCAACAUGAGUAGCUCAACUGACAGAAGGGUUGCGACACAGAAAGAUACAUCAGCAGAAUCUGAACACCCUGAAACUAACCUCACCGAUUCGGCCAAGCAAGAAGAGCUUAGCCAGCUUAAAGGUCGUGUAGUACAUGUUGAAAGCCAGCUGGAUAUCCGAAGUACUCGAAUGACCAGGCCGGACCCUACACCUUCAUCGCAACAGAAAGAAGAAGCAGAACAACUACGCAAAAUGCUAACUGAAAUAGAAAAUCUUAAAAAACUCCUGGAAUACAAAUCUCAGGAUCUUGCAAAAGCUCAGGAAGAAAUAACUAGACUACAGCAGCAGAUAAAAACAUUGAGUAAAGAAAAAACAGUAUUGGAAGGCAAACUUCCUUCUACAUCUUUGUUUCUAUUUAUUUAACUUGUUCUACAUUUUUAUGACUACUUUGUGAUUUUGUUCUACAUCUUUGUUACUAUUUUGUGAUCUUGUUCAGCACAAUGAGUCCGAGUUUGGCUGAUAUAUUGCGCUUAAUAAAUUCCCAUUUCUUCUUCUUUAUGAUGAUGAUGCUGAUGGAUGAUGUAUGAUAGAUGAUGUUGAUGAUUGAUGAUGAUGAUUGAUGAUGAUGAUUGAUGAUGAUGAUGAUUAAACUAAAAGCUCAAGAGCAAGAAGUAAAAGUAAAGUAACAUGAAGUAAAAUAGAUAACCAGGACAGUAGGCUAAAGGAACAGGCAACAGAACUCCAGACUAGAGAAAACAGUGUGAAACAACAACAAAAGAAAGCUGAGGAUGUUUCCAAAGUUCUUAAAGAGCUUGAAGACCAGGCCAGGGCUAUCGGCGAGCCUGUGGCACAGAAUCAACAGCCUGGAGAGAGUCAGGCUACAGCAAAUGCUUCUGGCCUAGACGUUCAGAUGAGAAAUACUCCGAAGAUGCACCUUCUCCGAAAAUCUAUGCAGUCUUCUUAUCAAGGAGACAGACAACGGGCACGCAAAACAGCGCACGGGAAGACUAAUCGUAUUAAAGACAAUAAGGCGAGAAAGAAAUGACCUUGUGUCUAAAGGAUAUUUUUACCAUGUAAUGAAUCUACAUACUGCACAAAAAGCACAAACAAUAAAUUUAAAUUGUGUCUGGAAGAAUGUAAAAUGUUAAAAAACAUGCGAAACAUGUAGACAAUCUGGUAUUAUUGCUGAAUUUCGUGUGUUUAACACGUUUAUGUAGAUAAAUAGAAUAUCAAUUUUAU